GGAACCAGUAUUUCUUUGCUGCUCUAUUGAUCACCGUCCUGUAUCAUGUAAAACCCUAGAAAUAAACCGACGUACGUUGGAAGAGACUCUCUCUCUCUCUCUCGCUCUCGCUCUGUGGGGAAGACCAAAAUGGGCCGGCCCGAGCCUUGCGUAUUGUUCUCUCAGACAUUCGUUCAUCCCCAACUCGACGAGUACGUUGACGAGGUGAUAUUUGCUGAACCUAUUGUCAUCACUGCUUGUGAGUUCCUUGAACAAAAUGCUACAUCAGCUUCUUCGGUGGUAACACUAAUAGGGGCCACUUCACCUCCUUCAUUCGCUUUGGAGGUUUUUGUGCAGUGUGAAGGUGAAACAAGGUUUAGGCGGCUCUGUCAGCCUUUUCUGUAUUCUCAUUCUUCAUCAAAUGUGCUUGAAGUUGAGGCUGUUGUGACUAAUCAUGUGGUUGUAAGGGGCAGCUACCGCAGCCUGACCUUAGUCAUAUAUGGUAACACAGCAGAAGAUCUGGGACAGUUCAACAUAGAAGUUGAUUUGGAUAGCACUUUAACUAAUACUGUUUCUUGUAUUGAGGGAAAGCUUGAAGACCUCCCACCAGCACUACAUCCAAUUAAUGUGACAAUUGGGGAUCUGAUUUUUAUGCCUAAAGCAUUGUCUUUAGAAGUUCCUGUGUCUGAUAUUUCUGUCGAGGUCAAGCAAUUGUUAGAUUUGACAUUUAAGGUUUUGCAGUUGUCAAACCGUGGAGACGUGAUUGAUAAAGUUAUUAGUAUGAUUGUCUCGGCGGCAUCUUCUUGUGCAACUCAUAGCUGUUAUUGUCCAGCUAUCAGUCAGAAACAAUCUUUGGUGGGGAAAUCUACAAAUUAUGAAGGACAGUCGCAUUUUGAUUAUACUGAGGCUAGAAAUGAGCUUUUUGAUAUCUACAACAGCCUUCAUCAUGAAUCAGGGAAACUUUCAUCUGAAUACUUGGGAGACAGCAUGCUUUUUGAAUAUGAGGCUGAUUUGGCUACUUCAAAACAAUUGAUGGAUAUCCUGCAAAAAUACAUCCAUUUUGAUGGGGCUUCUGGAAUUUUCGGGCAUCAUCAGCUUUCAAAGAAUAAGAGUGUCAUUCUGUGGUUGAGUGCUGCUCUUUUGUUGUGCUCUGGCAGCGAGAGCUGCUUCCACUUCGUUAAUAGUGGGGGCAUGGAGCAGCUUGGAUAUAUAAUUACCCAUGACGUGCAGAAUUCUCAUGCCAUUACAUUGAUGGUGCUUGGAGUUGUGGAGCAGGCUACUAGGCACUCAAUUGGUUGUGAAGGAUUCCUUGGGUGGUGGCCUCGUGAAGAUGAAAGCAUUCCUUUGGGGACCAGUGUAGGUUAUAAUGAGUUGUUGAAGCUGCUAUUGCAGAAACAGCCCCAUGAUGUUGCUUCUCUUGCAACUCAUAUACUUCAUCGCUUGCGUUUUUAUGAGGUUGCUUCGAGAUACGAGUCUUCAGUAUUAUCUGCACUUGCAAGUCUUUCGACAUCUGGAAGGGUUACUAAUGCCACUGUAGACAAGCUUACCAGUGCUAGGUUCCAACUCAAAACCCUCAUGAAAAUGAUAAAUUCACGCGCUCCACUUGAAGAUCCUUCCCCACUAGCCAGCACUAGCAGAUCGUUGCUUCUUGGUGAAACAGAAGGAGUGUUGUUAUACAAAUCAACUUGUAGCUUGAUUACUUCAUCAAAUUGUUGGUUUUCUAAUUGGGAUAUCGACUCACACUUACUAUUCCUUCUGAAGGAGAGGGGAUUCUUUCCUUUGUCAGCUGCACUGUUAUCAUCUAUCUCGCAGUCUCAAAUGGGAAACGCUGUGGACAUAUUUGUGGAUAUUGCAUCAUAUCUUGAAGCAGUAAUUCUGUCACUUCUUUUCUGCCGCUCAGGCUUAAUCUUCCUCCUCCAUCACCCUGAACUCUCCACUAAUGUAAUUCUUGCUCUAAGGGGUUCUGAUGGGUUGAAGAAGGAAGAACCUCUACCGCUUCGUUAUGCAUCUGUCUUGAUAUCCAAGGGGUUUGUUUGUCAACCAGAGGAAAUUGGAUUGAUUGUCGAAAAACAUUUGAGAGUGGUUAAUGCAAUAGAUCGUCUGCUUACAUCAGAUGCACAUUCUGAAGAAAUUUUAUGGGUGCUGUGGGAGCUGUGUGCUCUUUCUAGGUCUCAUUGUGGGCGACAGGCUUUGUUGGCUCUGGGGCAUUUUCCAGAGGCUGUUUCGGUUUUGAUAGCAGCAUUACAAUCCAUUAAGGAGCUGGAUCCAGAUACCUCAAAUAGUGGUUUUGUACCACUGAAUCUAGCAGUCUUUCACUCAGCCGCUGAGAUAUUUGAAGUCAUUGUUACCGAUCUAACUGCAUCAUCCCUGGGUUCAUGGAUUGGGAAUGCUACGGAACUUCACAGGGCUUUAAAUUCUUCUUCCCCAGGGUCCAACAGGAAGGAUGCCCCUACACGGCUUUUGGAGUGGGUAGAUGCUAGUAUAGUUUACCAUAGAAAAGGGGCAACUGGUCUUCUACAGUACAUUGCUUUGUUAGCGUCUGGUGGAGACCCUCACAUGGCUUCGACAAGUAUUUUGUUAGCAGACACAAUGGAUGUUGAGAAUAUGGUUGGAGAUUCUUCCACAAGUUCUGAUAGUAAUCUUAUUGAGAAUCUUCUUGGGAAGCCAAUUUCUGAAAAUAGUUAUCGUGCUGCUGUUCUUCGUGAUUCUUCUGUGGCUCAGAUGACUACUGCAUUCCGAAUUUUGGCAUUCAUUUCAGAGAACUCGGCUGUUGCUACUGCUCUGUAUGAUGAAGGUGCUGUAAUGGUUAUCCAUGCUGUUCUACUUGACUGUAGGCUCAUGCUUGAGAGGUCCUCCAACAACUACGAUUACCUUGUUGAUGAGGGCAGCGAAGGUAAUUCGACUUCUGAUUUACUGCUGGAACGCACUCGUGAGCAGGGUCUAGUUGAUCUUGUAAUUCCUUCUUUGGUGCUACUGGUUAAUCUCUUGCAGAAAUUACAGGAUGCCAAGGAGCAACACAGGAAUACAAAACUGAUGAAAGCCCUUUUACAUUUGCAUCGAGAGAUGAGCACGAGGUUAGCUUCCUGUGCAGCAGAUUUAUCAUCUCCUUAUCCUUGUUCUGCACUUGGGUUGGAAGCUGCAUGCCAUCUCCUUGUUUCAGCACUUGCUUGUUGGCCGGUUUAUGGUUGGACUCCUGGCCUUUUCAGUUGUCUUGUUGACAGUCUUCAUGCUACUUCAUUGCUGGCUUUGGGUCCAAAAGAGGCCUGCUGUUUGCUUUGUCUACUGAAUGAUCUACUUCCCGAAGAAGGUUUUUGGCUUUGGAAGAAUGGAAUGCCCAUGUUGAGUGCUCUUAGAACAUUGGCUGUUGGGUCAUUAUUAGGGCCUCAGAAGGAGAAACAGAUUGGUUGGUACUUACAGCCUGAACAUCUUGAGAGGGUGCUGAGCCAAUUGACGCCACAACUUGAUAAAAUUGGACAGAUCAUUCUACAAUGUGCUGUCAGUACACUCGUAGUCAUGCAAGACAUGCUGCGGGUCUUUAUUAUUCGCAUUGCAUGCCUGAAUGCGGAUCAUGCUUGCUCACUUCUACGCCCGAUAAUUUCGUGGGUUCGUGAUCGAAUUUCCGUGUUGUCUUCAUUACCGGACACAGAUGCUUACAAGGUUUACAGACUACUUGAUUUUCUGAGUAUCCUACUGGAGCAUCCACGUGCAAAGCCACUGUUAUUGAAGGAGGGUGCUUUUCAGAUGCUUAUUAAAGUGCUUGAGAGGUGUAUUGCUGUAGCUGAUUCAGAUGAGAAGCAAUUCUGUGACAACAGAAAUAUAGAUAAAUGUGGAUUUCCUCUGCUAACUUGGUGUGCUCCUGUAUUCAAAUCCUUUUCACUGCUAAAUGAUUCUCGGAAAGCUGUGCAAGCUCUUGGAAUUUAUGAUAGGCGAGUGCACAAUUAUGAAAAUUUGACGACUGAGGAUCGUUCCCGGAUCAUGUCCUAUCUCCUUAAGUUUUGCAAGGUCCUACCAGUGGGAAGAGAAUUACUUGCUUGUUUAUCAACUUUUAAGGAGUUAUGUUUCAGCAGUGAAUGGAAAAGUGCUUUGCAUUCUCUUCUCCUUCAUAUCCAGUCCUCUCGUAAUGAGGAAUGUGAUGUAGAUGGUAGAUAUGAAAGGGAUGGAAGUGAUAAUCUACUCAAUACUUUUGAAUGGAGGAAAUCACCUCCUUUGUUAUGCUGCUGGAUUACUCUACUCAGAUCUCUUGAUUCAAAGGAUGUUGUGCCAGAUUAUGCAGUCGAGGCUGUUGACGCAUUAUCUUCUGGCGCUUUGUGCUUUUGUAUGGAUGGGAUAAGCUUGAACUUGGACAGGGUUUCUGCACUGAAGUAUCUUUUUGGACUCCCUUUCAAUACUAGUGGGGCUGAUGUUUUCCUCGAAGAGAACAUAAAGUAUAUAGAGGAUUUGACAAACUUGCUCGGGUCCAAGAUAAGUGAUGAAAAGUAUCCCACUGAUACCGAUAUGAAUUCAACUUUGUAUCAGGCUAAGAAGUUGGUGGAAUCGUUAUUGUUCUUGUUGCAAAAGCCUACCCACUUACUAAAGGUGGACGACAUAAGUUAUAGUGCAUUCCUUCCAUCCACAAGUGAUGCUCCAGGUUCUUCAAAGAUGCAUAUGGUGGCCGAUGGAAGUGCUGGAAAGGCAGAAGAUUACAGCUUAGGUGGACUCGCGGAAAAAUUUAUCUGGGAAUGUCCUGAAAACUUACCCGAUAGAUUAUCACAGACAGCUCUAUCGCUGAAACGGAAAAUAUCCCCUCUUGAAGGCUCAAAUAGGCGUCCUAGAGGAGACAAUUCACCUGGUGAAACCGUGGGUCAAAACACAUUUUCUCGUGGAUCAGGCCCACCUAUUGUCCCUGCGGGCCCCACUCGUAGGGAUACCUUCCGACAGCGGAAGCCCAAUACUAGUAGACCCCCGUCUAUGCAUGUGGAUGACUAUGUUGCUAGAGAAAGAAGUGUUGAUGUUACUAGUAGUUCUAAUGUGAUUGCUGUCCCGCGGAUUGGAUCUAGCAGUGGGAGACCUCCAUCUAUUCAUGUGGAUGAAUUCAUGGCCAGACAAAGGGAACGGCAAAAUCCGGUGGGACAGGUAGUUGGUGAUGCAACGCAAGUGAAAAAUACGCCUGCAGAAAGUGACGCCAGUGCAGAGAAGUCCAAUAGUAAACCUAGGCAGUUGAAACCAGAUCUUGACGAUGAUCUUCAGGGAAUAGAUAUAGUUUUCGAUGGUGAGGAAUCAGAAUCGGAUGAUAAGCUGCCAUUUCCUCAGCCUGAUGAUAAUCUACCUCAGCCAGAAUCUGUUGCAGUUGAACAAAAUUCUCCUCGUUCUAUUGUUGGAGAGACAGAGAAUGAUAUAAAUGGCAAUAGUCAGUUUUCUCACUUAGGUGAUGAAAGUAUCCAGAGUGAAUUUUCUUCAAGAAUGCUGGUUUCACGUCCGGAGUUGACUUUGACUCGGGAACCGAGUAUUUCUUCGGAUAGAAAAUAUUACGAGCCAUCUGAUGGGACAAAGCAUACUCCGCUGAGUAGUUCUGGGUUUUCUCCCUCCUUGUAUAAUAGAACUGCCGGCCAAUCCGUUCAAUCACCAAUUAAUUCUAGGGUUCCUCCGAACUUGUCUUCGAAGAAUAGUCCUCAACAAACUGGUGCUGUUCAGGGAGUUUACGACCUUAAAUUUCAACCCCCUUUACCUCCAAUGCCACCUCCAUCAACAAUCUCACCCGCACAAUUGAAAACUGCGGAUACCGCUUCAAGUCAAUCGUCUCCCUUUGUUAAUGCUGGGGCAGAUGGGCAGGGCCCACCGCCUCCGGGCUUUCAUGUGCAUACUGAGUAUCUAUCUGCUUUGAGCAAGAGUUCUACCUUGCUGACAACUUCUAGGCCUCCACCACCACUGCCUCCUACGCCGCCCCCAUAUUCGGCCUCCUCUACACCACCUUCGAAAACUUCUACUUCACAAUCUCAACUGUACAAUCAAACAAGCAUUGGACCAAGCGAUUUUGUACAGACACCUGUUGCACCUUUCAAAGACCCUCGCACGGUCACCCUUUCUGUAUCAUAUCCACCGCCUUCACUUAUGCCUCCAUUGGUUUUCAGUAGGCCCAAUUCAAUGCUUUAUGGAACUAGUCCUACUCCACAUCAAGGAGAAAACCAGCCUAGUAUUUCACAGAAUCUCUCCAUUCCUUUACCUACCUUUCAGCCUUUUCAGUCUCUCGGUCAAUUGCAGCCCCUGCAACCGCCACAAAUUCUCCGUCCACCUCAACCACCUCAGCACCUUAGACCGCCAGUCCCGCCUUCGCCACAGUCUGAGCAAGGGGUGUCUUUGUUACAGAGCCCUGUUCAAAUGCAAGUGCACCAGCAGUUGCAGAUUUUGCAACAACCUCAUGUUUCUCCUCUUCAUGUAUAUUAUCAAUCCCCACAACAAGAGAGUUUUUCGCAUCCACAGCAGCAGCAGCAACAUCAACAGCAACAAGUUGAGCAUUCUCAACUGCAAAUUAUGCAUCAACAAGGCGGUACAUCCCAGCAGCAACAAGAUCCUAUGAUGUCGUUACAGCAUUUCUUCAGUUCCCCGGAAGCUAUCCAGUCCCUCUUGAGUGAUCGGGAGAAACUUUGCCAGCUUUUAGAGGAGCAUCCAAAAUUGAUGGGAAUGCUUCAGGAGAAAUUGGCCGGCCAAAGUUCAAGUGAUACGUAACCCAUAGUAUGUAGUCUUGAUCUGGCAACUCCUCCUGCCUCUGCUGAUCACAUUCAAAGCUGACAACUAAUGGCUUUCCCCACCUGGAGUAAUAUCUUUUUCUGAAGGAGCUAUCACCGUGGGAGUGUCACAGAUGAUUGCAGGCAUCAUCAUGUCUUCAACACUAUUUUCAUGGAACGCUUAUCGAACUAACUGCUUGGAAUUUCAAUUGGGUUAUCUGUUACUGGAGUGGGCUUCUCGGAGGCUCAGGCAAUGGGGAACUCCCUGGAUUUGUAUCAAUAUUGAGAUCCAACAGAUCCACCCUCGGUCAUCGUUUUGUAUGAUGUAGUUAGUUAUCUAUCUUUAGGGUAAAAGUACAGCUUAAUUGCAUUUUCUGGUAAUGCUGUUUUGCUUGUAAUUUGUGGAUGUUAUUUGGAUUUGCGAGCGAAUGGACCGGGUAAUGAUCGUUGGUUUAAGAUGGUGGUUGCCUGGUUGGUGGUUUAUUAUUAUGGGGAUUAAUGUGGAUGUUUGUAAUUUACGGGGCAAAGCAUAGCAGUUACAGAGCUUAAAUGCCCUUCCUUUACCAGAUUUAUAAUUUGUGAAUCUGCCUCCCAA